UAGAGCUUCUGGAUCAUGACUGGAUUAUUGCUAAAAGGCAUAAGCUGAUUCCUUCAGUUUAUGCAAUAUUAGAUAUGCAAGAAGAUAAGUAUGGGUAUGUUGAUGCGAUAACAUAUUCGGGCCCAACUUUUAUAAGAAUCCGCAGUGAAAAAAAUUUUAACGACUUGAUAAAUGAGGAGCAAUUGCGCAACUACACUACAACAACAAAUAAACAACCUAAACCUGUAGUGGUACUGCUAAGUGAUAGUGGUCCUGACGAGAAUUCUGCAUGCUUUGCACCUCAUCAAAUUGUAUCUAAUCCAGUUAAAAGACGAAUAGUACCUCUAAGUCAUGACUUAGCUGACGUCAUACUCUCACACGAUACAUUUGGAACACAUUUGGAUACACAAUUGAGAACAAAUGAUGAGGAAUUAGAAAAACGUAAUUUUAAAGCAGCUGGAGAUGUUUUAACAUCAGUAUGGGAAAAUACAAUUAUAGAUAGUUACUCAGUUCUUGUCAAGUAUAUAGAUCUUUCUGAAGAACAUCACUAUCCAAAUGAGAAGUUGGCACUUUGGAUGGAGAAACAUGUAAUGACUUGUCAUUACAUGACUCAAGUCACAAAGUGUGAUGAUCAAAGCUGUUGCAAACCAUUUCGAAGUGAAAUAAGGCAAAUUCUUCCUAAUCGCUUUUUCCCCCCACCACUUAAAAUUCAACAAAAGCUUUCCGAUAUUUGCACAGCAAAUAUAAAUACAUCUGAUGAUACAAUUCAUUAUUCCAGUUUUCUCUUAUCUGUGUUAAUGGAAGGAAAGUUAAUUCCUUCAAAUAUGAAUUUACGGCGUUUUCAUUUUGAUUGGUACUGCCCAACUAUCAAUAAAUCAAUUAACGAAUAUAUAUGUCCCUAUUGUAAUAAGUAUUUUGCUUUAAAAAAAACUUUGAAUUACCAUACGCGAAAAUGUUCAUAUAAAGAAUCUAACUUAUCUGUAGAACUUCCUUUGGAUGUUCAAGAUUUCCAAGACGCUAUGUGGGUGGAAAAAGAAACAGUACCAGAAGAUGUAUUAGAAACUUAUCAUCAACAAGUACAGGUUCAAGAAAAAUUGAUUGCAGAUAAAGUAUUAAUAGUUGACUGGGACACUUGGAAUCAAUAUGAGUGGACCAAUGAAUAA